GCUUUCUUAAUUUCCUGUUUUCAAAAAAACACGAAACACUGCAAAGUGACAACAGGCCGGCAAAGAUAUACUGCAUGUGAUCCCUCUGAACACUUUUACAGCAACAGUGAAAACAGGACAGGUGUUUUUUAGCAAGCCGCGCAUUGUACAGACGUUGAACAGGAACUGGAGGCUGCUUCAUCUUCUCAUGAAUGGCAUAAUUGAUUGACUGGUCUGUUAUAGUGAUAAACAUGCUCACUAAGUCCCCUGUAAAGUCCCCCAUAAGGUCUCCUGUUGGCCAGAAGCAACUUGAUGAAAGCUUUGAGGAGAAGCAAGAGAGAAGGUUGGAAUUCCAUGAAACACUGAGGAACCGCUACAACAUCACCUCUUGUCGGCAGGACAACCCUAGUUGGGGUAGGGAGCAGGAGGGGCAGGAACAGUCGCCACGUCAAGAGGAGUUCUUAAGGAGGAGGCACCUGUGGGCUGAUGCUUGUGGAGUUAAACGAGUAAGGUCUCCACCUAGGUGCCAAAAAUAUGUAAGGAUUUCACCUGGAAAAGAAGUAAUAGGAUUCUCUUUCUUGUUUAAAGAACCGGAGCCCUCACCUAACAAAGAUCUAAAGAGCUCCUGGCUACAUAAUCCAGACCAAGUGAAUAAUAAUCACAAUCUGGCACUUUUACAAACGAGAAACAACAAGAAAGACAUUUCUAGGAUAGAAAAAGGAGUCCAGACCAUCCACGAGUCACCAAGAAUCUGCAUAAAAAGGGACUCAAGUCAACAGACAGAUUGUUCCAUAGCUGUAUUAAAUGGGGAGUUGUUGCAACUUUCUGGAUACCUUGUGGAAGCACUUCAGAGGGAGAAGAAACUGAAAAAGAAGCUGUGUGCCUUGCAGGAGCUUGUUAAUGCACUAAUGCAAAUGUCAGAGAAAACCUGGCGGGCUCACAUCAAUGAAGAUAAGUUAAAAUGUAAAGUAGCUGCCUUGGAAAACCAGCUUUUCAUAUAUUCUCAGAGCUUCCCAAAGGCCAGUGUAAAACAAAUCUUGCUGGAAAUGGAGGAAAAGAAGCAUAACUAUGAGCUGAAAGUCAAAGAUUCUCUCCAGAAAUUAACAGAGGAAAAGCUAGCAGCAGAGAAACUUCUUCAUAAUGCAGAGAGGUCACUGGUGAUGUCCACAGAUGAGUGUGAUUUGUGGAAAGAAGAGUAUGAGCAGCUAAAAGAGGAUUGGAAAGAGCUGGCCAUUAAAAACUUCGAGCUCAAGAAUGAAUUGCAUGUACUGCAGAGCAAACUUCAGUGGGUGGAAACUCAAGACUCUCAACUUCAGCAGCUGCAGAAUCGUCUGCAAAGGCUUGAAAGAGAGAGAAUUGAACUACAGGCUAAGAAUGAUCUAUUGCAGGAGGACAGUGAACGUAAAGGGGAACAGCUCAGUUCUUUUGAAGUUAGACUGAGGAACGCAGAGACACAGAAGCUGGAGUUGCAGAUAAAACUGAGUGAUUUGCAAAAGACGCAGAUCAUUCUGGACUUGUGUGUUCCUAAUAUUUGCUGUCUUUACUAUUAUUUUACUUAUUGUUGAGAAUUUUGGACAUUGAAAGAAAGAACUACCUCAAACUUAAAGACUGACUGUUCUGUUAAACCUUUUCUCUUUUUUAUGCAGAUACAUACAAGUUACUUAUCAAAAUGUAAUAUAAAUUUUAUAUAAGUAUAGUUUUGUUGGAUUAAGAUUCUUUUGGAAUAAAAAAGAGUAAAGAAUA